AUGGCUAUCGACGAGGAAAAGGGCCAAUUCCAUGCUGCACCGCCCAAAAGUUCUGACGAGACGAGCGAUGAAUUCGCCGCCGAGUCCCCCGCGCCGGCGGAAUUCUACGACAACACCGUCGUGCACCAGGACCGUGGCAUCUUGGCUAGGCUUCGACAGCUCGAAGCUCGCAUGGACGCAAAACUUGGCAUUGAAUCUGAAGCCAUAGUCCGCAAGAGGCCCGAGGACAAGAGACCUGUCCCGUGGCACGAAGAGCUCACCAUGGCCCUCCUCUGGGCCAGCGGGACCAUGAACACGUCGUGCUUCGCAACGGGGUUCCUCGGCUGGGAAUUCGGCCUGAGUCUGAAACAGUCUCUCUUGAUCACCAUCUUUGCCUCGAUCCUCGGCGGUGCCGUCACUGGCUACUGCGCGACGUUUGGCGCAGCGACCGGCCUCCGCCAGAUCUCAGUGAGCCGCUACAGCUUCGGAUGGUGGCCGAACAAGCUCGUGGCGGCACUCAACGCGAUCCAACAGCUUGGCUGGGCCGCCGUGGCAUGCAUCACGGGAGGCCUCGCCCUGACGGCCGUCGCCGACGGACACGUCUCGCUGGUGGUGGGGAUCGUCAUCAUCGCUAUCGUGUCGCUGGUCAUCUCGUUUCUCGGGCUGAACGCGAUCCUCGUCUAUGAGCGCUACGCAUGGCUGAUCUACUUUGUCAUCUUCAUGAUAAUCUUCGGCGAGACGGGUCGGUACGCGGACAACACGACCCCAUCGUCCUUGAAGGGCGCCACACUCUCCGGUACCGUCUUGUCGCUGCUCGCCAUCGUCUACGGCUCCAGCUCGUCGUGGUGCACCAUGGCGAGCGACUACUACGUGCACUACCCGGCCAAGGUGUCGCGGGUCAAGGUGUUCUUGAUGACGACGUUUGGCAUCGCCAUCCCGACCUCCAUAGGGAUGAUGGCCGGCUGUGUGGUGGCCAGCGCGCUGAACAACAAACCGCACUGGGCCGACGCGUACGGCAACCAAGGCCUCGGUUUCUUGAUCCAGGACAUGCUGUAUCCUCGCGGCUUUGCAAAGUUCCUGCUCACCCUGCUCGUCUUGUCGGGCAUCAACACCAACGUCAUCAGCAUCUACAGCGCCGCCAUCUCGUGGCAACAGUUCUCGCGCCCCUUCGCGCGCCUCCCGCGCUUCGUCUGGACGUUUGUGUGUUUCGCCGCAAUCAUUGCCCUGGCCUUGGGCGGCCGGAAGAAGCUGAAUACCUACCUGAGCGACUUCCUCAGUCUCUUGGGGUACUGGUGCACCAGUUACUUUGUCAUCUUGCUGGAGGAGCAUGUCAUUUUCCGCAAGGGCGAUUUUGCCAAUUACGACCUCGAAGGGUGGAACGAUCCCAGACGGCUUCCGCAUGGGAUCGCCGCCGCGGUCGCUUUCUGUCUGGGAGUUGUCGCCUGGUGCAUGGGUAUGAGCGAGACGUGGUUCGUUGGACCCCUGGCCAAGAUCAUUGGGGAUUACGGCGGUGAUGUCGCGAAUGAAUUCACCUUGGUCGUCACCGCGCUGAGCUAUGCGCCUGCUCGCUAUGCCGAGUUGAAGUACUUUGGAAAAUGA